AUGGCACAGAAUAGGCAUUGGGAACAAGACAAAGAUGCGACCAUCUACAUCGGAAACAUUGACGAGCGCGCGACCCCGGCGAUGGUGUACGAGGUCAUGCUCCAGAUGGGCCCCAUCCACAACAUCCACAUGCCCCGCGACCGCGUCACCCAGAACCACCAGGGCUUCGGUUUCGUCGAGUUCAGGACGCCGGGCGACGCAGAGUACGCCGCCAACGUGAUGAACGGCAUCAAGCUCUACGGCAAGUCCUUGCGCGUCAACAAGGCCAGCGCGGACAAGCAGAAGCAGGCAGAGGUCGGCGCGGAGCUCUUCGUGGGCAACCUGGACAGCAUGGUGGACGAGAAGAUUCUUUACGACACCUUUUCGCGCUUCGGCCCGCUCGUCAACCUGCCCAAGGUCGCGAGGGAGGACAGCGGCAACUCCAAGGGCUUCGGAUUCAUCUCCUACGCCGACUUUGACAGCGCCGACGCGGCGAUUGCCAACUUGCACAUGCAGUACAUCCUCAGCAAGGAGGUCUCGGUCCAGUAUGCGUUCAAGAAGGACGGCAAGGGCGAGCGUCACGGUGACGCUGCGGAACGUGAGCUCGCCGCGCAGGCCAAGAAGAGAAACAUUGUCCCAGAGAUCCAGGCUGUACCGCCCGCGUUCCUCAAUGGCCCGCCUCCGGCCGCUGCGCCGAGUGCCCCCGCCGGAUUCGACCCCGCAAACGGCCUCCCGGUCCAAGUCCAGAACCCAGGAGCUCCCACCGGAUUCGCGCCUCCGCCGAGGGGACCAGCGCAGUACAAUGCCGCACCACCACCGCAAGGCAUGGGCGGACCGGGUAUGGGUGGGCCGGGCAUGGGACGCGGCGCAGUACUGCCUCCCGCGCCAUCUGGUCUACCUGCGCGGCCGCCACAGUCGCAAGGUGGCUACACGAACCCGGCCGACUUCCAUCCGGGCGCCCCAGGAUUCCGCCCACCCAGCGGCGGACCUCCCGCCCCGCAAGGCUUCGCUGCGCCCCCUCCCAACUUCCCCAUGCCUCCUCCGGGAGCUUCUGGGACACCACCGGCGCCGCCGGGCUUCAUGCCUCCGCCGGGCUUCAACCCCCCUGGGUUCCCCCGUCGAUGA